AUGAUUACAACACUCACAGAUCAGUUUUUAAUAGCUAGAGACAGGUAUUUGCGCAUUAAAAAAGAGCUGGUGGAAUUUCCUUUGUUCUUUGUGAAUGUUUCCAAGCCGAAUAAGUUGUGCAUACUGUGCUCAGGUAGAUUAGAAAAAGCACACGGUUUGCAAAACGACUUGCAUGCCGAAACUCUUAUCCAUGGUUCAGUGUGUAGUGGAAGCUGUUCAAUUGAAGAUAGGCUGUGCAAAUUCUGUAUUGAAAAGCUACAUUCGAAAAACCACCUUUUUUGUCUUAGACUGCUCGUUCCUGAAGAGUAUGUAGAGAUUCAACGGUUCGUAGAGAACAUCUGUGGCAUUGGAAGUACUUUCUGUAUUGAGAUUGAAAAACUAAUUGGAAAAAGAUCAUCAAUUGAAUAUAUCAAUGAUGUCUUCUGUUUUCUGAAAGACGAGUAUGAUAAAAAGACGUCUCCAUGCAAUCAAACUGCACUCGACUACUCAUCUCUUGACUGCUCGCUUAUUGCAAACUACAAAGAAAAAUUAAAAGAUGACAACAUUAAGCGUUUGAUCAACAACCAAAUACAAUUUAAAAUUAGAAUAUUUGAAGAGCAACUUGAAUCUCUCAGAAGGAACUAUACCGACGCAGUGAUGUCAGGGAAGUUUGAUGACUCCAAUGCUCUGAGAAACAUGUUUUUUAGGAUUUUCGAAUCAAAAAUUAGGUUGGAAGAGAAACUAGGCGGACUGCUAUAA